AUGAAGCUCAAUCUCCUCGCUGUCUCUACUCUCCUGGCCCUGGCUGCCGCCCAGGAUGCCUCGUCCACCUCCACUGGCGCGUCUUCCGCCACCACCAGCCUGUCUCCCGAGGCCUCUUGCGCCGUGAAGUGCGCCGACACCGACCGCUGCUGCAUCGCCGCCUGCUACAAGGUCCCGUGUCCCAGCGACUCCAUGGCCAACGCCACCAACACCUGCGUGGCCGCCUGUCCCCAGGGCAGUGGCACUCCCGCCGACACCGAUGCCUACAGCCAGUGCCAGGCCCGCUGCUUCAGCAGCCACUUCUUCCCCGCCUCGGCCACCAACGCUGGCAGCCAGGCCACCGGUGGUUCCAGCGGUUCCAGCGACGCGACUGCUACCCAGUCCGGUAGCUCCUCCAGCAAAACCGGCUCGUCGUCUGAGAGCGGCUCCGGCUCCAGCUCUGGCACCGCCUCUAGCACCGGCGCCUCCGCCUCCUCCACCGAGAAUGCUGCCGCUAUCGCCCAGCUCAAGGUCGGUGUGUCGGCCGCUGGCGUCCUCGGCGUCGCUCUGGGCAUCUGGGCUCUGUAA